AAGUCGCUCGAGCGAGGAAAUGGCGGGAGGGCGGCCGUUAGGAAAAUGGCGCCGUGCGGCCCGGGGCAGACACCCGGCACUGGCCGCCGCCUUCCUGGCGCAGCUGCUGUGUCACGGCCACACCGGCCGGCUGUACAGCAGCCAGGAGCCGGUGAACAUUCUGGAGGCGGAUGGGGUUAAGGACCUGCUUGGGAACUGGUCGGGCGCCUGGGUGGUGGAGUUCUACUGGUCGUGGGGCGGCCCCUGUGUCAACUAUGGGGCCACCUGGAAGGUACUGGGCCCGGGAGGUGAAAGGGCCACCAGAAGCCUUCUCAGUACUCUACAAGUGACUUCACCAACAUCCUGUACAACUUCAACAUGAUGUCCCAACUCCUUUAUUCAAUGGUGUGAACAAUUAAGGAUUACCAGAGCUGGAAGUACCACUCUCGGAAUACAGUUGCUGAUCGACAGUUUACUUCGACUGCUUAACAUAAGGAUUUAAAAGCUGCUAGCCCGAUCUCGCGCAAAGCACAAAAAACAAACUGUUCACCCGUGCCUGCACAGAGGAGAAAUUUCACUUGGAAUAGAUCACAAAAUAAGAACUGUUACCAGUCCCACAACUCAUGUGUUUCCCAUGGACAAAGUUAAAAAUCGCACAACACCAGGCUAUAAUCCAACAGGUUUGUUUGGAAGCACUAGCUUUCGGAGCGCCGCUCCUUCAUCAGGUGGCUGUGGAGAAUGAGAUCAUGAUCACAAUUUAUAUCGAAAGGAUUCUAGUGUCAUGGAAAU